CUAGCCGAUGUCUUGUUUACCCAUACAGUCUGUUUACCAUUAUGGACAGGGAGGCGUACCGUAACUGCUGCAGCCUGGUCAAAAUACCAAGACAGUCGUAUGAACAGUUUUGGUCAUCACAUUUUGUUGACUACAUCGACAAGGAGCUGAGCUAUUCUAAGUUUUUCAAGAAAUACUUGCUUCCCAAUCACCCAUGUAUGUUUUCAAGAAGGUUUACGGAGAACUGGAAGUGUAGAAAACAGUGGGUGUCUGAGGAGGGGAAGCCUAAUUUCCAGAAACUGCUGCAAGAGUUUGAUGAGAUUCCUGUUCCUGUUGCAAAUUGCAAUGCAAAGGAGUACAAUGCAAACCCUAAACAAGUUAUGCCAUUUAAAGAAUUUAUACUCUACUGGAAGGAAUACAUCCAGUAUGGCCACUCAUCACCUAAAGGAUGUCUCUAUCUUAAAGACUGGCACAUGUCAAGGGACUUCCCAGAACAUAAUGUUUACACCACACCAGUAUUCUUUUCUUCUGACUGGCUUAAUGAAUACUGGGAUACACUUGAGGUGGAUGACUACCGAUUUGUCUACAUGGGACCUAAAGGCUCAUGGACCCCGUUCCAUGCGGAUGUGUUUCGCUCCUACAGUUGGUCUGCAAACAUCUGUGGCAGGAAGAAAUGGCUCCUGUAUCCCCCUGGUCAGGAAGAGUUUCUACGAGACACUCACGGCAACCUCCCUUAUGAUGUAACAUCAGCUGAGCUUCGAGACAGUGGCCUUUUUCCACACUCCGAAAAAGCCUGUCAACCUCUUGAAAUUAUUCAAGAGGCAGGUGAAAUAAUUUUCGUGCCCAGUGGCUGGCACCACCAAGUUUAUAAUCUGGAGGACACUAUCUCUAUUAAUCAUAACUGGCUGAAUGGCUGCAAUGUAGACAUCAUGUGGCAGUUCCUUCAGAAUGAGCUUUUGUCCGUUCAAAAAGAGAUAGAGGAGUGGAGAAACACAAUGGAGUCGUGGCAUCAGCACUGCCAGGUCAUUAUGAAGGCCUGCUCUGGUAUUAAUUAUGCAGAAUUUGCCUCAUUCCUGAAAAUCAUUGCUGACAACCGAAUGGCUUUCCUGAAUGCUUGUUCCUCUGGGGAUUCCUCCGAUUGCCCACAGCAUCUCUCAGAGACCCUCACCACACUUGGACCUUACCAUGCUGCCUUUGACCUACAAAGAGUGGCUCACAUAAUUGAAUGCCUACUCUGCAAUGAAGACUUUAAGCGGCUCGAUCAUUCAACUUUGCAGCCAGAAACCAUGUUGCAGCAAAUUCGGGACACAAUACAAUCCACAAGGGGGCAGCAUCUCCUUUAUCAGGAAUAAGAUGUUCAGUGGUGUCUCAACAAUGUUAUCAUCACCCGGAAAUGGCUUGAAUGAAAAGUGCCAAUUUGUACAGUGC